UAUGAUAAAAUAUAGGCAAGGUUUUAAAAAACCACAAUUUUGAACGUAAUAUCAUGGUUUUUGGAGUUUAUGCAAUUGCAACACGAUUGCAAUUGUAGUGGCAUCGGCCCUAAUAUCAAAGUUUUUGGGGUGUCUGUAACUGCAACACAAUUGCAAUUGCAAUUUUGGCCAUAAUAUCAAGAUUUUUUAUGUGUCUGUAAGGGGAACACAAUUGUGGCUGGAUAUCGUCGGUAGUGUUUAUCUACUAUUUCUUGUAAUAUCAAGAAAGGCAACGAAUCUGCGACUUUUGACCGCAAUUUAAAACCUUGAAUGCAGGUGUAUGCUUUGUGGUGAUGGAGAGUGGGUGGAAGCCUGAGGUUGAGAUAUCACCAAAUUGCCCUAGGUGUGGUUCUUCCAACACCAAGUUCUGCUACUACAACAACUACAGCUUAACUCAACCAAGGUACUUUUGCAAGGGGUGCAGAAGGUACUGGACCAAAGGAGGGUCUCUCCGAAAUGUGCCUGUUGGAGGUGGCUGCAGGAAGAACAGAAGAGGUAACAAGACCCUAUUGAGACAAUCCAUUGAUGGUUUCACUUUCAAAAAUUCACUACCACCUUGUGGCAAUGUCACAGAUCAUAAUAAUAACCCUAUUGGGCAUUCUUAUGAUCCUAGAAUAAGAACUUCUUCAGCUUCUAGCUCCUCUUCAGUGGUGAGUGAUGGACCUCAUAUUGAUCUUGCUCUAGUUUAUGCAAAUUUCCUCAACCAAAAGCCCAAUUCUGAAGCUAGGGUUGAGAGUACUAAUCCAGAUCAAGUGCAAACAGUUUUUUAUCCUUCUCUAGAAAACAAUUCAAGGCUAUCAAACACAGUUGUUGUUGGACCAAAUACUUUGCCUGAAGAACUUGGUCUCACUGGGUGUUUGAAUCUUCCUGAACAACAACCACAAACACAUUCUAGUGAGGCUAAUAAUAAUCAUAACCAAAUGUGCUAUGGUGAGUUCAACACUAUGCAGACACUUCAUCAAAAAGAUGGAAUUGAUCAGCAAUGUAGUAAUCAUGGUGGUGGUGCUAUGAAUUUUGAGCUGCCACCAUUGCCUGGUGAAGAGGAAGUCUCACACGAUCAUCACAUGAUGUGGUCAAAUUCUGAGAUGAUGAUAAAUCAUCAUCAUGCAUUUCAAGUCACACAACCUCCACUUCUUGGACCUGAUGUUCAUGAUGCAGACUUGUUAAUAGGCAAUUGGAGCUCCUUUGAUUUGCCAAGAGAUGCUUCUUUUUCCAGGCCUUGAUAAUAAAUAAACUAUUCUCUUCAUUUUGCAUUGUUUGCUUGUUAUAUGUAGUUAUGUAUAGAAUGGAUUGCUACUACUAAAUAAUCAGAUUAU